AUGUCAGGAACUGCAUUAUAUGAACUUCAGCUCCGACUUAAGAGAAAUAGCAUCAACGUGAAAAGGAAAAAGGAAGAAAUUGAUGGCCUUCUUUCGAAUUAUCGUGAUCAAAUUCAGCAGUAUAUUAUUACUUUAUACAACUCAGCAUCAACUAUAUAUGAUACAUUAAAUAGUGGCCAAAAAGAAUACAACGAUAAACCAAAGGAAGACAUUGACAGUAAAAAAUUACUUGAGAUUCGCAACAAUUUCGUAAAUUUCCUUGUAGAAAAUUUAAAGGAAGGAAUAAUGACGAAACAAGUUUACAUAGAAAUUCUUGCUCUUUUUAAUUUUCUCUGGAAUAAAGAAUCAGUUGAUGAAUUUGUAAAGAAAUUACUAAAUGUAUCCCAACAGUAUCAAGAAUUGCUUGCAAUCUGUUUGCUUUCAUCUCCUUUACUCCAAUCGUUUGCAAUUUCGGUCUUUAGUGAAGUUUUUAAAGACUUAGAAAUUGCAACCGUUGAUCAACUCACUCAGACAACAAUUGAGCUCAUGAAACAGUAUGCUAUUAUCUUACCGAGUUACAUAAAGAUCAUUGUUCAAAAGAAACCAUACAUUUUCUGGUCGAAAUUACUUCUUGAAUAUUUGAAAGCUCCAUUUCUCUUUGGUAUCGCAUCGCAAGAGAUCGAACUGUUAUACGCUGAUAAAAUCAAAGAGUUUUCUCAAUCCCUUGCUAACUUUUUCCAAUCAAAACCAGCUCAAAUUGUUUUAAAUCAAUUAGCUUAUUCCAAAGAUGUCUGUGUUUACCCGUUCGAGCAGCUACUUACGCAAAUCGACCCUAACUUUGUAUCGCAGACCCUUCUAACUCCCGAUUUCGCUAAUGUUUCCACUCCAAAGUUCAUUACAUUUUCUACAUCGAACUUUUUCAAGUCUCCUUCAUUCCACGAGAAGCCAAACAGCCUUAUUAAGACUGUCCGACAACUUCUGCACGAUUGCGAUCUAAUUUGCCUCGAAACAAACGAAAAAGAUACGAAAAUUGUUUUACAACAGCUUGUUUCGCUUACAUCCUACUACAGUGAUGUUAAACUAGAAGGGUACUUAGAGGAAAUCGACACGUACAUAAGGAAAUCCAAAGAAGACGACAUAUUCAAAAUUAUCAAACAAUGCAAUAGGGAAUUAGACCUCGAAGACAUCUCCAACUCCAAAGAUCCCCUCGUUAUCAUCGCUCAGUAUUCGAAACAAUUCAACUUCAUUAAAAAAUUAAAUGAAGUUUGCUCUUCCAUUGGCAAUAGAUCCCAACAACUAGCUGAAUCUGCUAGUAUUAUAUCCAAACUUUCACUUCCUAUAGCAGAAGAACUCAUUCAACCAGAGAAUUUCGUUCAAACUUUUAUUGCCACUCGGGAAUUCCUCCAGCUCAAGAGAUCCGACAGUUUUAAGACCUUACAUACUAUUAUUCUGUCCAAAAUAGGGUACCUUAAGCAGGAUAACAACGAUGUAGAAGCAGAUCUCAAAUUUAAUAAGUUCCUUAAGGACAAUAAACAAAAAAUCCUUGAUAACAUGAGCCAGCAGCCAUUCCUCAAACCGUAUAUCGAGAAUCCAUCCCUUCUAAACCUCUUUUUCCAAGAAUUCAAGUUAGUUUUCAAGUCAAAACUGCCUCUUUUAAGGGUUAAACAUAUCCACAACAGCAUAACAAUAUUAAUUGGAUUACUUAAGGAGCAAAACAUCGGAGAAAUCGGCGCCGACCAAAUUAUUCCGUUUGGAGUUGUUGCAAUCGUUCUCAGCAAUAACUUGGGAUUGAUAACAACCAAGAAUAUGCUUGUAAAACUGGUCCAACCACUUAUUAAUGUCGCAUCUCCGCUUGAAUCUGCUGAAGAGUAUUCCGUAAUUCAAUUUUUGAGCACAAUUCAAUUUUUGAGUACUGCUGCUUGA